UUUGAAGGUGAUUGGCUAGUCGAGGGACCAUACCGUUACGUCACGACUUUCCCUCGUCUUCGAUUCGUUUCACAGGAGGAAACGUAGGCGGUGCUUCGCUGUCUUUAAUUCCCUGACAACCAAUGAGCAGACAGCGACGCAGCCAUUGGCUGAAACCAUAGAAACUAAACGGAAGUUUACAGUCGCGGGAUCGGCUAACAAGCAAAGCUACAAAGAUUUACGAGUAUUUGUUUUUAUUUUGUUAUUUUCUACUAGCUGAACGUUUCAAAAUUAACAUUGAAUCAACAUACAGGCGUAUAUCACUGACGCAACUGACACUUGCUGAAGAAAACGCGCAGCUGUGGCUUAAAUCGCAGUUAGCUUGACGGCUAAUGCAUCUCGAGCCUUGUCACCACAAUGUUCAAAGCUAAAAUACUGCUAAUUGGGCCAAAUGAGAGUGGCAAAACCGUCCUCGCAAAUUUUCUCUCGGACGCAACAGAAAACGUGGGAGGCGAAUACAGACCCACUCAAGCAGUCAGGAUACUAGAAUUUGAAUCACAACUGGAUGGUUAUGGUGAUGUAAAAUCAUGCGAGGUUGAGCUCUGGGACUGUUCCGGCGACUUCAAAUUUGAAUCAUGCUGGCCUGCGCUUACCAAGGACUGCAGCGGUGUGGUGAUCAUUUUUAACCCCGACGUUCCCAGCCACUUGAAAGAAAUUGAGACCUGGCACUCGAUGUUCAUCUCCUCGCAGGGCUUGCAGGACAGCCAGUGUCUGCUCAUUGCACAUCACAAGCCCGGCAGUGCAAUAGAAGAAGGUCGACUGCCUUUAGCUUCACAGCUGAGCAGGCUUCCACUCAUUCACUCUGAAAUGGAGGAAGAGCCCGAGGACCUGAGGCGAGCUUUCUGCAGAUACUUGGGGAAAGUUGUGAAUACACUUUCAGAAAGUCGGGAACGGGAGGAGAUGUCCAUCAUCACAUAGCAACAAAAUAUCUUGAAAAAUAUCAGGUAGUUUACAUUUUUAUUCCCUUGAACAUAUCCUGACAAAGACUUACUGUACAUAUACUUUUUUAUGUUGUUUAGAACAGGGGUCACCAGCCUUUUUGAAAUUAAAUUAAUAUAUAUAAUAUCCAUUUGCAACACUACAACUCAAGCAAAGUCAAAGGGAAGACAGAAUAGUAAGGACAAAAACAACUGUAAUAGUUCACCUCUAUAAAUCUAUAAAAUUGUUUACACUUUCAGUCACUCCUACAACAUUUCUUGGAAAUCACAAUCUCCCUUUACUGGUGAGCUAACUGUUGCCUGCUGGUGACCCUUGGUGGAGAACAUUAUAUCAUAAACGUGAUUGUAAAUAAAUAUACUAUGUAGACUAUGCGA